CGGGGGAGACCCACUGCUCCUGAACCCCAGAACAACCAGCCGGAUCUGUUCUCACAGCAGCCACAGCACAGAGACUGGGAAACAUGGUUCCAACACAGAAGGAUUCCCGGCUUUGUCUCCUUCUGCUGCUGGGGCUCUUGGGAAUGGUGAUCUCCUCCCAUGCUCCACCUGGUGGCCUAACCUGGGCUCAGUGGUUUCAAGUUCAGCACGUAAAUAUGACCAAUAAUCAGUGCACCAUUGCAAUGCAGCCAAUUAACGGCCUUAUUUUUAAUAGUUCCGGGGGGGCGUGCAAAGGUGAAAAUACUUUCAUCCACACAAUAUAUGCUGCUAUAGUUAAUGUCUGUUACAACACAAAUAUAACCUGCUUUAAUGGAAUUGAUAGAAAUUGUUAUAGAAGCACAGCUGCAGUGAACCUUACCUACUGCAACCUCACAGGACCUGCACAACCUUACAUGCAGUGUCAAUACCAGCAAGUAGCCUUACUGAGAAACUACAGUGUUGCCUGUAACAGAGGAAAACGUCCAGUUCACUUCGAUAGAAUCUACUAAGCUCGGAGUCAGCACUCCGUGCCAAGCUCACGCGCCAAGCCUGGCAGUCACAGGCAUGG